AUGAUAAAAACAAUGAAAUUAAAAAAAAUUUUAAAUAUUUAUAAUUUAAAUUAUAAAUAUCAAUAUAAAAAUAAAAUAAAUUUAUAUUUAAUAAGAAAUGGAUUAAAUAAAAAAUUAAUAAAACAUUUAUCUACUAAUAUUUUUUUAUAUAUUUUUAUUUAUAAAUUUAAAAAAUAUUCUUUAAAAAUAUUAAAUAUUAUGAAAUUUCCUGAUUGGAAAUUUUUUGACGGUCCUAAUAUAAAUUAUGAUAAUAUUAUAUAUUAUUCUUCUAUUUUAAAAGAUAGUAAUUUAAUAACUUAUUUAAAAAAUAAUUUAAAUAUUAGUUUUUUAGAUAGUAUAUUAGUAAAAACUAAUUCUAUUGAUGUUAUUUUUGAUAGUAUAUCUAUAUUACAAACAACUCAAUAUUUUUUAAAAAAAAUAGGUAUAAUUUUUUUACCUUUAUUUAAUGUUAUUUUAAGAUAUCCUUUAUUAGUAAAAAAAUAUUUAGGAACUGUUGUUUCUUAUAAAGAUAAUUUUUUUGCUAAUAUUAAUUCUAUUAUUUUUAGUGAAGGAUCUUUUUGUUAUGUUCCAAAAUAUAUAAAAUGUAGUUUUAAUUUAUCUACUUAUUUUAAAACUAAUUCAUAUGAUUUCGCUCAAUUUGAACGUACAUUAAUAAUAGUAAAUGAAUAUUCAUAUAUUGUAUAUUUAGAAGGAUGUACAGCUUCUAUGUAUAAAGAGUCUCAAUUACAUGUAGCUAUAGUAGAAAUAAUAGUAAAAAAUUAUAGUUAUGUAAAAUAUUAUACUUUACAAAAUUGGUAUAGAGGAGAUUAUUUAGGAAAUGGUGGAUUAUAUAAUUUUACUACUAAACGUGGGGUUUGUUUUAAUUUUUCUAAAUUAGAUUGGAUUCAAAUAGAAUUAGGUUCUAUUAUAACUUGGAAAUAUCCUUCUACAAUUUUAAAAGGAAAUUUUUCUAUUAGUAAUUUUUAUUCAAUAUCCUUUUUAUCGUAUAAUCAAAUAGCUGAUACAGGUAGUAAGAUGUAUCAUAUAGGAUCUUAUACUAAAAGUUAUAUAAUUUCAAAAAGUAUUUCUUUAAAUAAUUCUUUAAAUAUAUUUAGGGGGUUAAUUUAUAUAAACCCUUAUUCAUAUAAAUCUUAUAAUUAUACAGAAUGUAGUUCUUUAAUAUUUGGAAAUAAAUCUUUAACUGUAACUAUUCCUUAUGUAAAAAAUUAUAAUAAUACUAGUUAUAUAAAACAAGAAGCUUUUAUUUCUAAAAUUGAAAUUUUAUAUUUAUUUUUAUUAAUGCAACGUGGAUUAAAUAUUUCAGAAGCAAUGUCUUUAAUAGUUAUUGGAUUUUGUUCUAAUAUUUAUAAUAAAUUACCUUUUGAAUUAAAUUUAGAAAUACCUAUAUUAUUUUCUUUAAAAAUAAAAGAUAUAUUUAAAUGA